UACGGGAAAACCUUCAAGGACAUCACCAGCUUCAUCAACAACACCUUCAUCCGCACCGAGUUCGGCAUGGCCAUCGGCCCGGAGAAUUCGGGAAAGGUAGGGCUGACCCCUAGGGACCCCCCAAAAUGUGCCCAGCACCCCCCAAGCAACGGCCUCUGGGUGUCCAAGGAUUUUGGGGAGACGUGGGUGGAGAUCCACAAAGCCGUCUGCCUGGCCAAGUGGGGUGCGAACGACACCAUCUUCUUCACCACCUACCUGAACAACUCCUGCAAAGCUGAUCUGGGGUCACUGGAGCUAAAGAAAACCUCGGACUUCGGCAAAGCCUUCAAGGUCAUCGGCACCAACAUCUACUCCUUCGGCCUGGGCGGGCGCUUCCUCUUCGCCUCCGUUAUGACAGAGAAGGGCACCUCGAGGCGCAUCCACGUGUCCCUGGACCAGGGCGACUCCUGGAGCAUGGCCCAGCUCCCGUCCGUGGGGCACGAGCAGUUCUACUCCAUCCUGGCCGCCAACGACGACCUGGUCUUCAUGCACGUGGACGAGCCGGGCGACACCGGUUUUGGCACCAUCUACACCUCGGACGACCGCGGCGUGGUGUACUCCAAGUCCCUGGAGCGCCACCUCUACACCAGCACAGGGGGGGACACCGACUUCACCAACGUCACCUCCCUGCGCGGCAUCUACAUCACCAGCGUCCUCUCCCAAGACAACUCCAUCCAAUCCGUCAUCACCUUCGACCGCGGGGGGCAGUGGGUGCCGCUGCGCAAGCCCAAAAACACCACCUGCGACUCCACGGCACGGAGCAGGGACGAGUGCAGCCUCCACAUCCACGCCUCCUACAGCAUCUCCCAAAAACUCAACGUCCCCAUGGCGCCGCUGUCCGAGCCCAACGCCGUCGGCAUCGUCAUCGCCCACGGCGAGGACAAGGACUACACCAUCUGGCUGGCGCACUCCAGUGAUCCCAGUGACCCCAGUGACGGCUGCAUACUGGGCUACAAGGAGCAGUACCGCCGCCUGCGCAAGGCCUCGGUGUGCCAGAACGGCCGCGACUACACCGUGACCGCACAGCCGUCCGUCUGUCCCUGCACGCUGCAGGACUUCCUCUGCGAUUUUGGGUACUACCGGCCCGAGAACCA